ACGACCAUUUUCGCUCCAGCAUCAGCAUCGGCGAUAACAAAAGAAGAGGAUUUAGUAGCACCACAUGCGCUCUCUCCAUUGGCCAUGACGAGCGCAGACCCUCGGUUGAAAAAUACCGGCAAGCGACCGGCCAGUCGCUCUCCUGAUGGCAAUAGGAAUGCCUCAUCCUCGACCAAUAAACGCCAUACCGGUCCUCUCCGCGUCUCGAGCUCAUAUCAAGCCACCAACGAUUUGGCUCCUGCGAGUGUGAAGAGUCCAGGAAACGCGUCAGAUGCAUCCUCAUCGAUGGCCGUGGUCGAGGGCUUCUUCAAGGCCACGACCACUGCAGCAGAAUUGAGCAUCGAGCUAAAGGCUGCUCAGACAGCGCAUGCCAAAGCCGAUCGAGAGUUCCGCAACAUGCAGGACAAAUUCGACCUUUUCCCAGCCAUCAAGGACCAGAAAACGCACGCACGGGAUCGGGCCCAUCAGAGAUUGGUGCGCAUUCAACGCCAAAUAGAGGAGCAGAAGCCUCUGCAGACUCAGGUUUGCGCGACCCUGGCAAGUCUUUUGGACAGGCGUGGCUCUUCUGAUCAGAGUCAUGCCGCCGGCCUUCUUCACUCGCCCAACGAAUCACUGGAACACAUGGAGAGUACACUAUCGCGCAUCUCUGACGCUGCAGUAGCGCUUAGUAAGCGCGUGCAUGCGCUGGAGAGCCAAUCUCCACGACUGGAUGCUAUCGAGAGUCGUAUCAAGGAGAUUGCAGACGACGGUAUCGCUGAUAAGGAAGACAUUAUCAAAGAUGUCGAUGGCUUGGGUGACAGAGUGGAAGCCAUUGCACGCGAUUCCGUUGUGUUACGGAAAGACAUUGAUGACCAGCUGUCGAGCAACAAGACCAGGUUUGCGGAUCUCAAGAAGGAUUCGGCGGAGUUGAGAAGGGCCGUCACAGAUCAGUUGGUGAAAGCACUAGACGACACCAAUAUUCUGGACCACAAUACGAAGACUGUCAACGAAUGUAUGGCGCGAUUGCAAAAGCUCGAGGCGGCAGCUUUGUCGGAAAGCAACCUCAACAGCGUGCAGCAGACGAUUUCAAGUCUACAGGGAAAGCUCCAAGCUUUGGAGAACACGAAACCUACCUCGACAGCAGCGCCAGGAGCAGCAGUCGCAGGAAAAUCUGUCUGGCAGCCAGUAUUACCCGAAAACGACCUCGACAGCAACGACCACGAGCUCCUCCUCCUACAACAACAACAACAAAACAAUCCAGCUAGUCUCGGACCAUCAUCAUCAUCCAACGGACCCUCUACCACCGCCGCCUCCGCAACAGCAACAAGAACCUACGUCCUCAACGAAAUCGAAAUGCUCAAAGCCCUCACAAUGCAACACACACGCAUCAUCAACAACCUCACAACCGACGACAUCGUCAAACAAAUGCUCGACCAACUCAGCACCAUCUAUCCCGACAUUCGAAUGCAUCAACAAUCUCUCACGGCAAUCCGCUCCGAAGUCCAAAGCUAUCAGAAAAAUCUUCUGCAUCAAAUUGAGAAACAAGAAGAUAUUCUGAAAAAGGGUCGAGAGGAAAUUGUGGGCAAAUUGGAGAAAUUGGAGAAGACUGUGGGUGUUUUGGUCGAUGGCGCGGAGACGAUUAGGGAGCAUUCGAAGAAGGUUUUGGAGGUGCAGGUUAUGGUUUUGAAGUUGGAAGAGGUGGUUAAGAAGGUGCUGUUGCAGCAGCAGCAGCAGCAGCAGCAGAGGAAGGGGGAAGCUGGUGGUGGAGGAGGAGAUGGGGGGCAAGAAGAUUUGUAAUUGGGUGGUGAUCUUGUGUGAGGUGAUUGUUCUUUUUUCUUUUCGCGCGGGGGGGUUUUCUUUUCAUUUUUUUUUUUCAAUUGCUGUGCAUAUAUGAUACCCAACAACGAUGAGGCAUGCAGACAGACAGGCAGGUCCCUUCUCGACUUGCAGUGUUUUUUGUUCUUUUGUUUUUUUGUUUUCUUUUUUUUUUCCCUUUUUCCGAGGUGAAUGGAUGGUACCUACCUCAGGAGAGUAGUGUAGUGUAGUAAAUUAAUUCUCGACUGUGUGGAAAGAGAGAGAUGAAGAGACAGACAAUCCUCUCCAUCUCUAGUACCGACGGAGCUCUCUAUACACCACCAAAAAAAAUCCCAAAAAAACACCGCUUCGCUCCCCAACGCCUCGCUAAAGAUUUCUACAACAAAAAGCAUUCAUUCAUUUCAAUAAUUACCAAUUCCAUUCCAUUUCAUUUCACUUCGUUACAAAAAUCAUGCCUGUUUCGUUCCAGAUUCAUGAUUCGACUUUUGCUCCAACGCCUUCGCCUCUCUCUGCUUCUUCAUCCUCUCCUCUGCCGCUCGAGCCAAAAUCUCUCUUCGACUCAACGACUCCACUACUUCCCCUCCUCCUCCACUACUUCCACCAAGAACAUACUCUCCACCUUCCCACCCUCCUUCAUCCGCAUGAUCAUAAUCAAACACAUCCUCCCCAUCAUCAUCAUCAUGAUCUCCCGCCCGAUGACGAUGAUGAUAAAAUUCCUCCCCACCUACAGAUUUCCCGCCUCGCCUCCAAUCAUUCCGUUCGACCUGCGCUUCAAUUUCCUUACACAAUUUCCAAAACCGCGCAUCAUGUUCGCCCCAGACAUUAUGCGCUAAUUCAUGACACAAGGUUUUGCGAAUGACUUUGUAAUCGCGAUAGCCAUCGUAGGCAUCCGUGCGUAAACGCAAUUCAAUCACUUCGCCUCGAUUGCGAUUUAAUCCCAAUGUGCGACUUUGGUGCGUUGUGUGUUCUGCAGGGUUCAUUUCCGUUAAUAAACCUACUGAGAAGCCGUGGGUGCGCAUGCUGGCUUUGAUGCCAGCGUCGUUUGCUAACAGUUGAAGGUAACGGAGAGAUUUUUCCGGAUUGGGGAGAUAGUCUAAAGGGCGGAUGGUGUGGAAGGUGAAUUGGGCUUCUUCGGAGAUUUUCUUCCAAUCGCGGUGUUUGUGGACUUGGACUUUGCGGCCGGCUUGGAGCGCGGCUCUGCGGCGAUCGAUGCGGGCUUUGCGGUCGGCAAUGUCGCUGGCGAGUUCGGAGACUUCGGCUGUGGUGGCGCCCAUGAGCACAAUUUUCUUGUCUUGGAGCGAAGUGACGAGGAGGUUGGGGUCUUUGAAUGGCGGUCUGAGUAAGCCCACUUUGGGUGUGAUGAGGAGUUUUUGGUGGGCGGGUGGAAUGUGCAUUUCUUCGGCGAUAGUGUCGGAUAGGUCCUGAAGAGUGGCAUCUUGGUGGUAGAUGGGAAUGUCGAGUGGUUUGUUGUGUAGUUGGAUCGUCAGGUGGAACAGUGCUUGUGGUUCUGCAUCGUUCUCGAGGUCGGAAGUGAUGUCCUGUGAUAGCCCACUCGUGCUGGACAUGGCAUCUUCCUCCUUCCUGGUGUCCUGCUCUUUAGGAUAUGUACACGGCGUAAUUUCCGACAUGCCGGCGAGGCACUUGCGGGCUUCAGCACAAUGGAAUGGGGGCAUGCGUGACCGCGUCGGUCGGUGGUAAUGGUGGUAAUGGUGGUAGUGGUGGUGGUGGCGGGGUUAGUGCUCGUAGGAGGGAGUUCGUAGGUGGUAAUGGUUGGUGACAAGUCCAGUCGUGUGUCGCAAGUGGCUCGAUUGGGUCGAUGAUGUCGUUGCAGAUCAGGGCGAG